GGAUACUCAACUGCUUGCUGAUCCUCGUUUCAAGCAUUUCCUCGUGUUUCACGAUGGAAACAGACUUGCAAUUGGACGAAUCAUCAGUGCAGCGCAUGUCAUUGGAAUCCCUUUUCAAAUACCCAUUCCUACUCAAUGAAUUGCCCGAAGGCUUCACACUGGGAGGCAUCGGCGCUGCGUCCGACACUGAAACAAACGGAUACAAAGGAAGACAAGAAAUUACCAUCUCUCCAAGGAAGGGUUCGUACCAAACACGACAAUCGCAGAACUCCAUCAGAUCGAGACAGGCAGCAGAAGUCAAGGAGGACGAUAUUAGACUCAAUGCCAUUUCGACGCAAGUGAGGUUGAACGCAUUAAGGGAUACCGCCUAUCGGAAAGGAACGUUUCAACCGCAGGGAUCGAAGAAGGUGAUAACAAAUGACGACCCGGACAAGAAAAAGCCAUUGGGUUGGCCUUUUCUAUCCGACUUCAAUUCCGACACAAGUUUGGCAAGCAUCUUAUCCAGCUUUGAGCGAAAAGAGGCAUCUGCGGAUCAGUCAGCUCGGUCAGGGGAACUCGAGCUGACCCAGAAACAACGUCAAAAUAAUAUCCACAACAUUCGCGAGAAAAUCGGACGUCGUCGGAGUUCGAAAAUCAGCAACAGGCUUAUCAAUCCUGUCCUCGUCCAGAGCAAACCGAAAAAAUCCCAGCGCCUCGAAAACGUACGGACGCCGAAGCGUCCAAAUCCAGUAGAACAAUUCAACACGAAAAAACCUGCCCCAAACAGACAACCUGCUUUUCGACCGACAGAGCUCUUCAAUCAAAAUCUUCUUUUAGGAGACCAGAACUCAAAAGAAGCAUCCACCAUCAAAAGCUCAACCCAAGGAAACAAAAAGGCAAAAGUUCGAACUCAGCCAACAACCAUACAACCAGAGCUCGAGUAUGAUUAUUACGAAGGGGAAACAAAAGGAAAUAGCGGAAAGAUACCCGAGGGUCUCUUAUCACGGAGGGCUGACCUCACAGAAGAUUAUUUCAUCUUGGAAGACCCCAAUAAAGAACAAUCACCAAAAAUAUUCACCAAUCCAACAAAGCAAACCAAUCCUCAAUGGAGCGACUCCAGGGCAAAUAUUCUGAAAACCAGGAAGCAAUCCCCAGCUGUGAAUAUCGCAAACAUAGAAAGCAAAGCGUAUUCAAGGAUCCGCGCUCGGCCCAACCGAGCCCCAGAGAGCGACACAACGCGUGAAGCAAAAAGUUUCAUUACCCACAGUAGGACAAUAAAAAAUCAACAGCUUCAGGCAUCAUCAAGCAACAACAGGAUCUCAACCCGUCAACCCGUGGCACCAAAACGUAGAGGAACUUCCGCUGGGUUCACGCGCAGUGAUCUGGGCAGAUACAGAUCUUCCGAGCUUUCAGAAACCCAGCAAAACCAACCGGCAGUUCCAGAGAGCAUACCAACGGCGGAACGGAGAACAAUCGAUGAAACUUCAACGGAGGAGGUAGCCGAACCCCAAAGCCCUCCAUUGCGCAACCGCUCUCACAUCUUGAGAGCCUCUAGAAAGACACCAGAGCCAACGACCGGACAAGUACCAUCAGCGUCACUCAGUAAUCCUGCUAGUAGGCCGCCUCAAAGAACGCGAAACCGUACUAAUGUCGUGAGACCAGCUGUUGGACAGCCGAACGGGGAGCAAGGGCAAAUUCCAACGAGAACACGCACAAGAACACGGGGUCCAAAACCGGUCACCGAACCAAACACGAACGACGCCGAUAUUUCAACCACGCUUCAACCUACUUCAAGAAGACAGCCGCCUAGACGUCCAACACGGGUGCAAUCACCGCCAAGGGCGAAAAGUCAAACGCUUGACGCCAAUUUGCAGCAUUUCGGUGAAGCUCGACCGGUAAAAUCCAAUAGCGAUCAGGAAGUCAACCGGCCGACUCCAUCUAGACAGACGAACAGAGUUCCUCGGAAACAGUCCGUGGCGAAUCAGAAAGCCAUCAUAACCAAAGCCAGCAUUCGACAACCUGGCAUCGCUGAAAAUAACGACUUUGAUAUCGGUCAAGAAGUACCGAAAAAGCCAAAUCGAAUUCUUCGGCCGGUAGUAAUCGAACCAGCUACUACAACGACACCAAACAGUACCAGUUCCAUCCAACCAUUUUCUGAAGUCGAACCACAAUUGUCCAGCAAAGUUUUGUCCACGGAUGAUCAAAAUCAGAAAAUUCUAGACAAUCUUGCUAAGCUCUCCCUACCACCAGAGGCAACUGAAGCUUUCCUUUCCGCUAUUCUGGGAACAACAGAAGCAUCCACUUCGCGAAUUCGUCAGAGCUCAUUGGCCUCGGAAGAAAGAUUGAAUGCCGAUACUGAGAGAAGAAGAGUAAUACCAGCGUUUCCAAAACAGAAACCCAGUAUUAACAAAAGACUUCCAGCAGCGUCUCCGCAAAGUGUCAUUUCGAGGGCAAAUGCGCAAAUUUCUCGCACGAGGACAAGGUCACAAGGAGUAUUGAACAACGCAACGCCACGGAAUACACAAGCGAUUUCACGAAAGCCCAUUGUGCGAAGACCCGUCGUAUCGCCUCGCGUGAAGUUCACAAAAGGAGAGGAAUCUUUCGAUACUUCCAAUAAUUCAAGACCAGAGUUUCCACAGUAUGUCACGAUCAAAAGGGACAGCAUACCAACAACGACAGCGAUUUCUUCUACAGUACCGGCGACAACUUCAUCUUCACAGUUAGAUGAAGAUUUCAAAGAAUAUGAUUAUGAACAGGACACCGAAAAUCCGACGGAAGACUAUCACGAAAUUAUCCCGCAGGUGAAACCCGACAUUCCACCGCAAGCAGAAAAUGCGCAAUUUAUCGCGCCAACAACUUGGACACCAUUCUCAGCCAUCGAAAGGUUUCAGCGCGAGAAUCUUCAACAACCUUCAACACAGGAUCACAGCGAACCCGUCAUUAGUUCCCUUAAAUCCUCGCCAGUCGGACGGGACUUCGAUUCCCAAAACUUCAACUUACCUCAGCCCGACGCUAACGGAGUUCUUAGGUUCGGCUUCAACUCCAGAAGACCACCAGCUCAAAGCCAUCCACCGACGGCAAUAUGAAGAGCGACCGAUCGAGAACGAUUCGAAUAAACCAAUUUGCUGUGAUGAAGGAAGUUCGUUUGAGGUCGUAGAUUUUUAAUGAGAACGAUUCUCAACAAAGAAUCUCAUUACAGUUGUUACUCAUUCAGAAGUUUACCGGAUCUGCCAGCAGUUUUUCAUUUGAUGAGAGUCUCUCCGCUCCAUAACGAAUUUCACGACAAUGCCAUGGUUGAUUACUAUUCAUAAUUGGUUUCUUUCCGAAAUGGCACACAUUUUUCGAAGACGAACUCAGAAAAUUUAUCAUCACGCCACAAAUAUUAAAACAAUUUUCAGAUAGUUUUCUUUUCUUGAGGUUGAAUGGAAUUUUGUGUUGUACCAUGUGCCAAGAGUGACGGAUCCACGCGCGCAUCAAUUCUCAUUUAUCCAUGCGCGUUGAGAAAAAUCAAGUUCCGGCACGGGGUAGUUUGGAACUGGGAUGAUGUUGAGAUUUAUAAAUGAAAAAAUACGAAAAUACAAAUGGGUCCAACGGAA